GAGGAUAAUGAAGUAUGGGACCACGAGCAACUCCUAAAGGAAAUGGCUGCCGAGUUCGCUGCUAUGGAGAGGAGUCCGCCCGCCACAGCUCCUGCUCGUCUUGCUUGCUUUAUCCACCUCUACUCGAUUCAGGUUCCUCCUCCCAGCCACGCGUGGAUACGGCCAGAGAGGCUAAGGCUUCGUCGUAGUGACG